CCCCACCUGCAAAACUCUGUGAACUUCUCUUCGAAUCGUACUUUCUAUACAAAUUUAAUCACAUCUCAUGACUUGGUACUUCUAUAAAAGUGGCAGAUCCAUGGAUUACUGAUGUCUGAGAUAAGCAAAAAUUCAGCUAUCAACAGAACUGCUGAAAAUCUCAAUAAAUUACGAUUAGACUCUCAACGUGGUGGAGAUGGAGAGUGUAAGCAUAGAGACACAUUUGAAGACUUGGAGGGAAGACUUGAAAAUAAUGACAGUGAAGCAAAUAGAAAUGCUUCAAUUGUUGAACUUAAUGAGAACAUUGCAGAUGAUGAGAUGGUUAACAUAGAUAAUGUCAACGCUAACAUGGUUACUACUAAUGAUAAUAGUGAAGCAGUGGAAACAACAAGAAGCAUAUCCAGUGAUAACAAUAAAGACCAGGUAACGGCUGAUGUGAAUAUGGGUGACGUUAUGGCAGAUGAUGUUGUAGAUGAUGUUUGCCAAUGUCAUGGGAAGGCAAUGAGACCUACAGAUUUAAAUGUAGGAGCCUCUGGGGAUCCUGGUGCUAACAUCAAGGCAUUUAAACACUUCAGCCAUGAAUGGCCAAGCUCUGGGUUCAUUCAGCAGAAUGUGGUGUACGGAACUAUAGAAGCCAUGGAAGAAUAUUGCAGACAUUUAAAGACAAAAAUAGAUAGAUAUCACAAUCCCCUUCAGUGCUCUCACUCAUAUAGUGAAGGGAUUCUAGUACAUAAGUAUUUGGUGCCAAAGUAUAAAAGUGAAACAAACAAAAUGCAAUAUAGUGAAGGUGCUGAGUUUGCGAAAGCUGAAGGUGAAAAGCAUAGUGGAGGCCAUGGAAUCACAUACCCAGUGACAGAUACCUCAACUAAUCAUCAGUUUAUCAUGAAGAAGAUCAGACUGAUUUCAGCCGAUGACACCAUAUGCAAUGAAAUAUUGAUUCCUUUAUGGUUUCCGCACAAAAAUAUGGCAGGUCUUUUAGGUUCAAUUUGCCAUGAUGAGUACAUAUACAUUUUCCAACAAUAUGCCAAUGUUGGUUCACUAUGGGAUGUCAUGAUACGAUCCCCCGGAGGAACUUUCAAUGAGAUUGAAGCCAUGGCAGUCUUAUUAGAAGUACUAGAGGCACUUAGAUACUGGCAUAGUGUGCAUAUAUGUCACAAGGAUCUCAAACCUGAGAAUAUUGGAAUUGUCCGUGUAGAUGAUGCGACAGGAGUUUACGUGUUUGACUUUGGUACAAGUUGUGUCUUAGAACCAGAAGAGAGGCACAGAUAUGCUGGUACACCAAAUUACAUGGCCCCAGAAGUACUUCGCACAGAAAGCAUGAGUUGCAAAUGUGACAUUUGGAGUCUAGCAAUGACAGUCAUUGCACUAUUGAAAGGAGAGCGUCCAUUUAGGAACUUGGAAGAAAUUUCAAUUAGAUACAGGGUGGGUACUACACCUUUGUUGGCCCAAGCUGAGAUUCCCACACGUACCAGUAUAGAAUUGAAGGGUUUGUUACAGUGGAUGCUAACACCUAAUCCUGAAGACCGUCCUGAUGCAUCUGCUGUCUAUAAGAGAGCAAGUAGUAUAUUGAAAGAACUACAGAAAACACCUACAGCACCCCAGAUUGAAGCAGAAGAUGAUGUGGAUCAUCUACUUCCAGUGGAUGUGGUUGAUAUUAACAAUCUUCAGCUUCCCUCUCCACCAUCUGAGAGUCCUACCAGUUCUCAAGAGCUAAAGCCUGAUGCCCAAGUGAACAUACUGGACUCUUCAGGGAGCCUUAUCUACUCAAGGUACCACCAACCUAGUACAUUGUGCAGUGCAUUAUAUGAAGCAGUUAAGGAUCAGGUCACUCAAAAAGCAUUUACAUUAGUGAGAAAGGACAAUGGUUUCAUUCUCAACAUGACUUCUGAAAUUGGAGAGAAUAACCUGUGCCUAGGAGUAGAAUUGCCAACUUGAUGCCAUACAUACAUGUAGAUAGGCUUUUCCAAACAAAAUACUGAAUCAAGUUUAUUGGUGUCAGACACCUACUAAAUAACCAGAUUUCAACUUACAUGUUUGCUUCGAUGAAAUUGUCUAAUUGAUUGAUUAAGAAGGCUUGUAAGAGAAAGCUUAACAAAAAACUAUUAGAAUGUUUCAUGGCCAUUAAUGUGACAGAAAACUAGUACAAUAUUAUGAUAAGCAACUAGAGCAAUACUUUGACAAGCUACUAUGGCUAUAAUGUGGUGACAAGACACUAGAGCAAUAACAUGACAAGAUACUAUGACACUAAUGUGACAAGAUACUAGUACAGUGACAAACAGCUAAUAUGAUAAUGUGACAAGAUACAAGGAGUAGUAUAUUGUGACAGGAUAUUAUUACAAUGCUGUGAUAAGAUGCAGGUUCAAUUAUGACAAAUCACAUGUGCAGUAAAGAGACAAAUUAAGAAUACAUUAAUAUGACAAGCAACUCGUACCAUAGUAAAUGUGCCAAAGCAAUCCGUCACCUUACUUUGUUUUCAUAUCAAACAAGAACAAUGGAGUAAGGUGACAUAGAGCUGAAUGCAAUGCAAGGACUUUUAAUUCAGUUAGCCAAUCUUGAGAACAACAACAUUUAUUAUGCUGAAUAUAAUUACAGAUUGCCUGCUUGGUCAGGAAUUGUUAGUACGGUGUAGCUAGUUAGGGAAUUGUUAAAAUUUAAAUGUUUGUUUAUUCCAAGAUGGCUGUCAGAAGUGACAAUCAGCAAUUUGCGCCCAAAUAGAAACCUUGUCCAUGUUGAUCUUACCAUAUUGUAGGUAAUAGAUGGGACCAAAUAACUACAAUAAAGUACAUGCAUAUAAAUUGAUUGGUGGGGAAUAAGUCGAGGAAUCAGCAAUGUUCAUCAAUUGGGGUAUGGAAUACCACUGAUGGAUUAAGAUGUAAUUUGUUUGAUUUUAUCAUAUAAUAUAUAUUUGUCAUUAGAAGUUCUCAAGUACAAUUAACAAUUAUAAUCAAUAAGAUCCAUUAAUUAAUUAGACUGGAUCUAGGCUGGUCUGGAUCAAAGCAGGAUUGGCCCCACUGAAUAGGAUAAUGCCUUAUAGGGAGUAGUAGUAGAAUGCAUGUACCUGUACAUGUACCUAAUAACUGUAAGCUCAAACAUGUACUUUUUUUACAGUAUUUUAAUAUUGCUCAUAAAUACUAAAGACUAGUUUUAAUAACACAAAUUUAUUACAAAUGUGUAUACUCUAUGAAACCAGUUAAUGUAAAUAU